AUGGAACAAGAAGCUGUGUUUGAUUUGGGAGAGUUUGAUGAAAAAAUGAUCGAUAUGAACGAAGCCCCGCGCUCAGCGAUCCAUUAUCUGCAGCAGACUGCAGUUCAGCGCUCUAGAUGUGCGGCUGUAGUGUGCGUGAAGGAAGGUCUUGCCGGUCCAGCUAAACCAUCGUCAUUUAGCAGAUCAUUCGCGGGCGAUUCUCCAAUCACAGUGGUUGGGUUGCCUUCGGAGGAAUGGUGCAAAGCUAAGUGCUCGUUAUUUUCUGAGUAUAGGUCCGAGAUUGAAUCAAAAAGGUCGAGUUGUCCUGAGGUUCAGGAUGUCGUUUUCCCUGCGCCGGCAGACUACAAGCAGUGGAUCAAAUUUUGUGGAUUAAAACGGGAGCGAGUUAAUAAUCAGAGUGACAGAAGCGUUAGUGCGAUUACAGUGACUGAAAAGCGACGUACCCCGACAGUACCAAUCAUACUUUCUUUGUCGGAAAACAGGGUCAACCAUCUCGUCGAGCAUUUAACUAGGUAUUUUGUGGAGAAUGGCUAUUCAAGAGAACUUUUCGAAUGGUUCUACGCAGUCUUAUUGGUGCUACAAUGCCCGCCGCCGUCGGACGAAUGCUCUGCAAUACGCGAGUUUGCAAAACACGCCAAGUUCCUCCGCUCAACGCUAAACGAGAGCGACAUUUUAGAUAAUUCAAUUGUCUACGAAUUAACAUUAUUUGUUGCUAUUAUCAGUAUUUAUUUUGAACAGAAAGAUCUUGCUGACUAUCCGCAAGUAGACCCUGUUGUUAUUUCAUGA